CGGACUGAUCGCCGGUGUCUGUGCUUACUCAGUUAUUGAUGAUUGUGCUGAUCAGGUCCUGUCAGUUGCCUUCCCUUUGCAUCCCAAGCUCGUGAUCGCAAAUCUGUGGUGCUUGGUUUUCUGAUCACUCAGCAGCUGUCACUAGCUCCUUGUUGUCAGAUUUUGUUGUCGUUUUGGUGUGUAUUUUUCUUUUUAUCACCAUGGAUACUAUCACAGCUCAGGCAGCUGGCUCAGCUGACCCUCCCUGCUGCCCGUUUGUGCCCCUCUGCUUCGAGUGCGGCACUCGCCGAAACCCCUGCCACUGCCGGAUUCUGGGCCCAACUGUAGGAUUUGUUGCCUUUGCUGUGGCUGCAGUGGUGGAGUGGCCCGUUGGUGCAUUUGUUUAUUGCUUCCGUCACUUGAAGGGACGGCGAAUCAUGGCUCAUCCCGCCGCUGUUGUCUACCCCCGUGUUUCCGCCUGCUUCCCGAUCUAAGCUCAAUUUCCUGCUCUGGAGUUUGGAGACAUUCGUGGACUGUGUUAUGUACAUUUCGUCCGGAGGUAGAUGACUUGGGUUUUGUCGACUUGAGGAUAUGAAGGACUCGUAUUGUGAUGUUGGAGUUUUGAAGCAGUCUCUGAAGCUCUGCGCUUGUAUAGCGAUUCCUCGGAGAUCUGAUAUGGAAUACCAUAUUGUAGAAUUAGUACUGAACUGUGACUGAGUCUCAUUUGACUCAUCUGUAAUAAACUGAAUUAAACAAAAAAAAAUUGGUAUUCUGAUUCUCAUUGUUUUGUCCAAUGAAUCGGAAUUUUCCUUGAUGACUUUAA